GGGGGGAGACGUGAGCAGCUGUGACGCCGCGAGUGCGUGCGCGCCGCCGCGGCGCUGUCGCUCCUGGCGGAAGAUGGCGGAUCGGAGCGGCUGAGAGCGGGAGGUGGUCAGAGCCACGGGCUUCGCUCAAGACAAGCGGCGGCGUUGAGCGCACAGCGAGCCGGCACGAGGCCGGGCGAGGGGAAGGGAGCCCGUCCGAGUGGCAUGCAAUGGCCAGCUCGUCAGACAGCGAGGAUGACAGUUUCAUUGCCAUGGACACAGAAGAAGUGUUGGAUGGGACCAUGGAACAAGAUGAAGAGCCUCAUGUUGAAUUGGAAGUUGAAGAAAUGAGACAUAACCGCUCAAUGUUAGAGUUGCCUGAGGAAGUGCUGGAAUACAUCUUGUCUUUCUUGUCUCCAUAUCAGGAACACAAAACAGCUGCUCUUGUUUGUAAACAAUGGUAUCGACUCAUUAAAGGCGUGGCUCAUCAGUGUUACCAUGGUUUUAUAAAAGCUGUUCAAGGAGGAUACAUUCAGUGGGAGAGCCGAACCUACCCCUAUCCAGGGACUCCGAUUACCCAACGCUUUUCACACAGUGCUUGUUACUAUGAUGCCAAUCAGUCCAUGUACGUCUUUGGGGGUUGUACUCAAAGCAGUUGUAAUGCAGCAUUCAAUGACCUUUGGCGGCUUGACCUCAACAGCAAAGAAUGGAUCCGACCUCUGGCAUCAGGUUCCUAUCCUUCUCCAAAGGCUGGAGCUACAUUAGUUGUGUACAAAGACCUUCUGGUGUUGUUUGGAGGCUGGACCAGGCCAAGCCCAUAUCCUCUACAUCAACCCGAGAGGUUUUUUGAUGAAAUACAUACUUACUCACCCUCAAAGAACUGGUGGAACUGUAUUGUAACAACUCAUGGACCUCCUCCAAUGGCUGGCCAUUCAUCCUCUGUAAUUGGAGAUAAAAUGAUUGUGUUUGGAGGAUCAUUAGGAUCUCGACAAAUGAGUAACGAGGUCUGGAUCCUGGACAUGGAACAAUGGGCCUGGUCCAAGCCGGUGACGUCAGGUAGCAUGCCCCAUCCAAGAGGUGGGCAGUCCCAGAUUAUUAUUGAUCAUGAAACUAUCCUGAUCCUGGGAGGCUGUGGAGGACCCAAUGCACUGUUUAAGGAUGCCUGGUUGCUACACAUGAACAGCACACCUUGGACAUGGCAACAGCUAAAAGUGGAGAAUGAGGAGCAUGGGGCACCAGAGCUAUGGUGUCAUCCAGCCUGUAGGGUUGGACAGUGUGUGGUAGUGUUCAGCCAAGCACCCAGUGGUCGAGCCCCUCUCAGUCCCAGCUUACAUUCUCGCCCAUCUCCUAUCAGUGCCACACCACCAGCUCUUGGUGCAGAAAUGAGAGAACAUCGAUCACAGUCCCCAGUACGGAGUACCGAUGAAGUUCCAUGCGUAAAUGGACGCUGGGGUACAUUGCGGCCAAGGACGCAUAGGCCAACAACAUCUGGUUCUCGGGAAGGCAGUCUAUCUCCAGCCAAAGGAGAAAGGUCACCAGUUUUAAAUGGUGGAACAUUAUCCCCAGGAUCCUUAGUUGGCUCUUUGGACAGUCCAGUGCAGCCAGGAUCCCCUGUCACAUCAGCUGUGGUGGAGGGUUAUGAUCUUCGAGGACUUCCACAUGUCACUAGGCAAAGCACACCAGUGGAACAGAAGGUAGAUUCAGGAUUAGAUCCAUAUAGGUCUCAGGAUUCUGUAAAUUGGGACUCAAAAGCCUCUUCCAGCAGCAACCUUGGAGAGGAUGGGAAUAGGACAAGUCCAGGAACUGAGAUUAAUGUUGGGAAUGCUCCAGAGCAGACAAAUGGAAUUCACACACCACCUCACGUGGCGAGCACUCCUCCAGGCCCAGUAUCACCAGGAGCACUCCGAAGAGGGCUGGAGGCUGUGAAGGAUUUCUUGCCACAAAGUUCAGCAUCUGUUGUUUCAGCUAGCGGAAGUACAGCUCCUUUAUCUGUAAUGCCAGGAAACCCUGGUCAAAGUUCCAACAGUACUGAUGUACCACUUCGCUCUGCACCUGCCCAGGCAGAUGGACAUACACUGCCACCAAUUGCACGCCGGUUAGGCCACCACCCACCUCAGUCUCUCAAUGUAGGAAAACCCUUGUACCAGAGCAUGAACUGCAAACCAAUGCAAAUGUAUGUGUUGGAUAUAAAGGAUGCAAAAGAAAAGGGAAAAGUCAGUUGGAAAGUAUUCAACAGUGGCUCAGUUGUAGGCCCACCAGAAACCAGCCUCCACACAGUGGUGCAAGGUCGGGGAGAGUUGAUCAUUUUUGGGGGGCUGAUGGACAAGAAACAGAAUGUGAAGUACUAUCCAAAAACCAAUGCAUUGUAUUUUGUGCGAGCUAAGAGAUAAUGCAACACCUCAAGAUGCUAGAUCCUUAACAAUGCAGCUUGGUGGGUUAAAUUGUUGACCGUUGCCCCUCGAACCAGAGAAGAAUGCAUUCCUUGAGCACAUAUGGAAGUCACGCUGGAGCAAAAUGAGUUUGUCAUGGGGCUCUGAAUGAAUACUGUGAUUUUGGACUCUUAGAUUCAGUUGAGUGUAUGCAGUGGUGCACUGCUACCUAGGGCUUACAAAUGUGUUGAAGGCAGUAACGGGGCUUUAAGCUGCACACAUAUGGUCCCUUUGCCAGACCUGCUGCUUUGAUCUAUUUUCUACAGGUUUCAGUUAACAUAAGGAUGAACUAAAAUGCUGCUCAAAUUUUGAAUCAAGUAAAUGUAAGUGGUGAAAAGCGUUUUGAUGUGCUCCAGGCAUAUGACGAGAUUGUUGGGCAUGUAGGUAAUUAUCUGGUGUAUCCUUUUCCCACCACCGUUCAUUGAAUUCAUGCCCUGAUUUGAUGAGGUUUGUGGUGCAGAUGUAUUUUGUAUUUGUGAUUUUUCUCCAAGUAAAACCACAGCUGUGGUGCUAUUUAUGUCAGCCUCUUUCCUUAUCAAUUAAGCGUACUAUUGAUUCACAAAAUCACAGUGACAUUAAAUUCUAUGCAAUAUUUUCAUCCCCAAAACUUAGCUAUUCAGAUCUGGUUCCAGUUUAUCCUUCCACUGUUCUUAAAGUUUUGUUUCUAUCUACCUGGAUUAUUGCAGUCACUGUCAGUUUUCUGUCUAGUUUCCUGAGGGAAAAGGUAAGCAUAGUCUCUUUGCAUUUGACAUUGGUCAAAAGAUAAUAAAUCUGGUGGUGGGUGUUUAGAAGCAGUCAACCUUCUGUACCUGACUUGGUAAUUUGAUACCUAAAGCAUCUCGAUCCAUCCUACUCAAGGAUAUUGUUGAUUGACCAGCUAAUCUCACUAAGUGACUUAAUGGGGUGAAUCUUUAUGGAACUUUGGAUUAUUGCCACUGAUGCUCAGCAAACUUAAAUGGACAGAGUAAGUCUGAACAAAAUAGUGGGAAGCUCACCAGUAAUCCAUAUUUGAGAGUUGUGAGCUUUUAGCUGAUUAUGUACCAACAGGUAUCUCUGUAUACGCUUGAAAGUCCUUAAAGCUUUUGCUCCGCCAAUGUGUGCCUAAGUUCUUAAUCAGUAGAUGAAGUGUGUUUCUAUGGGAAAAGUGUUUUGGUUAAAUACAGUCAUUCUACAGGUGUAACCUGCUUCAAAGUCUCAAAUAUAAUAUGUUUCUCUGUGGCAGACAUCUGAUUGUCCAGUACUUUUAUUGGCAUCCUUGUUACAGAUACAUGGCCAUUCGUCUUUGUCCUAAAAUGUCUGGAUGGCCUGAUUUCGAAAUGGUAAAAAUGCAUGACUGUUGAACCAAUUAUAUUUAACAGAAUACCCACAUUUUGGCUGUGUCUUCAUCUUAGCUGCUAUCAUCAGAUCUGAUGAUUUCACAUAUUCAGCUGUUGCAGAACUUAUACAAAGAGUUUCAAACACAAAGGUGGGGGAAGUGUGACACAUGAAGUCUGUAAACUCUUUGUUCAUUGCUUAUUUAUAGUCUCAGCAAAUAUCCUGUCUAUUGAUUUAUUUAAGAGAAAUUAAGGGCAAGUUUGUUCCCUUCUGCCAGUUUCUGUCAGAGUAUAUUUUCACAUGGUGUGGAUUUAUUUUACUGCAGUUUUUACUUUUCUGUCCCUUAGUCUUGUACUUAAAAGAUGAAAAAGUGAACCAGUUUCUAUACUGGCCAUCUAGCUUACAGGUCAUGUCAGUUCAAGCAUCUCUAUUUUCCUAGGAUCAAAAGAAUGUUAAAUUUUCAUUACUACAUUCAGGAUCUGGAUUCUCUGGUGUUGUCAACUUCAUUUAUUUUUGUGUUGAGAGGUGCUUGCUUGGAAUAGCUAAAUCUAUUUCAUAAAAGGCUUUCACAGUCAUCAGAUUUUGGGAAGACUAACUUCAUAUUAAGUUUUAAGGUUGAAGUGAUUGAGUGAUACACAGGCUCAAUCUUCCUCCACAUUUAUUGCAAAACGUACGGUUUAGUAUUAAAAAAAAACAAAUUGCACUUAAAUUGCUCAGAAUUUACUGUAAGACUUCAUAUCAGAAAAAAAAUACUUUUGAAAUUCAGUUGUAAUGUAAGGAAAGAUAAUUUGCACAGAACAAAGUCCCAUAAUUUUGUAAUUGAGCCAAGUCACCAAUUACUUUUUGUGGUUAUUCAGGGAUGAAUGUUGGUCUGAACACUGAGAAAUAUCGCCUUGGAAUAGUGCUGUGGAAUCUUUACUAUGCACCUAAAAAGGCAGACCUGGUCUUGCAGCCCUGUGCCACCAUUGCUGCAAACUGCUGCACGGUGGCACAGUGGUUAGCACUGUUGUCUCACAGCGCCAGAGACCCGGGUUCAAUUCCCGCCUCAGGCGAGUCU